AAAUGCCAAAGAAGAAGAAGAAGAAGACUCUGAACAGACAACAUCGAUCGCUCGCACGCGUCAUCGCUGCCAGGCGGCUCAGUCGAGCGGUGACGUCAUCGAGCGAGCGCGUAAAGAUGGCGGAUCCGAAGGUAAAACAAACCGGACAGAAAAGUGUGAAGAUCGCAGCCGGAGCAGUCGUGUGUGUGGAGAGCGACAUCCGAGGAGACGUGACCAUCGGAGCGAGGACCGUGGUUCACCCGAAGGCACGGAUCAUCGCAGAGGCCGGACCCAUCGUGAUCGGAGAGGGAAACCUGAUCGAGGAGCAGGCCCUGAUCAUCAACAGUUUUCCUGAGAACAUCCUUCCAGACGCCGAGGACAUCGAGCCCAAGACCAUGAGCAUCGGCUUCAACAACGUCUUUGAGGUCGGCUGCGUGUCUCAGGCCUUAAAAAUCGGGGACAACAACGUCAUCGAGUCUAAAGCUGAAGUGGGCCGGAGUGUGAUCCUCAGCAGCGGGUGUAUCGUGGGAGCGUGUUGUGCGGUGAACACCUGUGAAGUGAUUCCAGAAAACACCGUGAUCUACGGCUCUGAGUGUUUGAGACGCGUGCAGACCGAGAGACCGCAGCCUCAAACGCUGCAGCUGGACUUCCUGAUGAAGAUCCUGCCCAAUUACCAUCAUCUGAAGAAGACCGUGAAAGCAAGCUCCACUCCGGCGAGAAGCUGAGCGUCUCAGAUAUCAGCGCUGUUUCUGUGUUAGAGUGUCGUAGCUUGUGUUGUAAGUUAUUGAGGACACAUUAAAUACACCUCCACGUC